AUGACAACGAGAUAUACACCACAGGAAUGGCGCGCCAUCAUCUCAGAGGUUGCGCGCGAGCUCGAGGUCUAUGAACAAGAUUACUGCCCCGACAUUCGCAAAAUCGACAUUGCACGCACCAUCGACCACACGCUACUCAAGCUUGAUGCAAGCCCUAAGCAGAUUGACGAGCUUUGUGGUGAGGCCAGAAUAGCAAACUUUGCUAGCGUCUGCGUACGGCCCAACUAUGUCGCCCAAGCGCAUGCCAACCUCAAAGGCAGCGAAGUCUUGAUCGCCAGCGUAAUCGGCUUCCACCAAGGCACCCAAGACACAUACUACAAGCUGCAAGAGACUCGGAUGGCCCUGGCUGCCGGUGCACACGAACUUGACGUCGUCAUCAACUGGCCUCAACUCAAGCAACAGGAGUACAGCGAAAUCUACCACGAACUCGCUCUGAUCCGCUCCAUGGCCCCACAGCCGACCAUCCUCAAACUCAUCUUCGAGACCUCGCAACUCUGCUCCAGGGAAAUGGUCGCCGCUUGUGCCAUUGCCUCGGCCGCCAACUUCGAUUUCGUAAAAACCUCUACAGGCUUUCUCGGACACGGCGCAAGAGUCGAAGACGUCAGACUGAUGCGUGCUGCAUGCGACUAUCUGGCAGAUAAACGUACCGACGGUCACAGAAUGAAAGUCAAAGCCAGUGGAGGCGUGAGGACGGCCGAAGAUGCCACCACUAUGCUCAAGGCGGGUGCCAGCAGGCUGGGCACUAGUGGUGGUGUAUGGAUCGUCAAAGAAAGCAAGGAACAAGGAGUCAGAAAGUCAAGCCCCGUGCAAAGCGAGAGACGAGACUCGAGGCCCACUCUUUCCACCAGACUCUUCACGGAUUAUUGA